CUUUUUUUGGCCAUUGUUUUUUGUUUUUUGCAUGACAAAUUCUUCAUUAAUCCGUGCAACUUCACUCUUUCAUACCAAUCAAGAGAGACAGCCGGCCCUCGCGCAUCCCUCACCCUCCCCACCGUCCAGCCCUAAGCCUUGAAGCCGCAUCCCCAAGCCCCGCCAUCCCAACGAGGUCCCUGAAGUCAAGGCCCAUCCAUCAUGAGUGAAUCGAGACAGGAGUUGCUGGCAUGGUUAAACAACCUGCUCCAGCUGAAUAUCACCAAGGUCGAACAAUGCGGAACAGGGGCUGCUUAUUGUCAAGUUUAUGACUCGAUAUUCAUGGACGUGCCAAUGUCAAGAGUCAAGUUCAACGUCAACACCGAAUAUGCCUAUAUCCAGAACUUCAAGGUCCUGCAGAACACCUUCACGCGCCACCAGAUAGACCGCCCGGUCCCCGUCGAAGCGCUUGUGAAAUGCCGGAUGCAAGACAACCUCGAGUUCCUCCAGUUCACCAAGAGAUUCUGGGACCAGAACUAUCCGGGUGGCGACUAUGAUGCCGUGGGUCGACGGAAGGCAUCCGGAGCGCCUCUCGCUUCCUCCACUUCCCGACCGGGGACGACCUCUGCGACCGGCGCUCGUCGAGGGGCGACUCCCACGACCGCAGCUCGACCGAGAGUCGGCGGCGGAGUGUCGGCCAACACCGCGGCCCUGACGCAGGAGAUCAAUUCGCAGAAAGAGGCGAUCGCCGGGUUGGAGAAGGAGCGAGAUUUCUACUUUGCCAAGCUCCGCGACAUCGAGCUCUUGCUGCAGCAAGCUGUGGAGGCGGACCCGGAGUUGGAGAAGGACGAGGACUCCCUGAUCAAGCACAUUCAAGCCAUUCUGUAUUCGACAGAGGAGGGCUUCGAGAUUCCCGCUGACGCCGAGGCUGUUGGAGAAGAGUUGGAGACGUUUUGAGUGAAGGAAAAAAAAGAAAAAAAAAAUUAAUAAUAAUAAUAAUAACUACAAAGCGGUUGUUGAUACCUUUUGAGAAGAACUUGGUUGGCUUUCGAUUUCCCUCCCCCUCUUUCCCCUUUGCCCGUUACCGCGAGAAUAGCACAGCACGGCUGCAUGCGUCUCGUCGCAAUCCUCUUUUCCCUUUUCCCCCCAGAACUUCGCCUCUAGACGGUGAUCCUCCUCUGCCUUUUGCGUAUUGUUGUCGCAGGCAUAUUUGAGCUUGAUCCCUUUC